UCCUGACACAGACUACACACACCCAGGGAACAAAGAACAAGCGCCAUGUUGAAGCCAUCAUUGCCACUGAGAUCCCUCUUACUCCUGCAGCUACCUUUGCUGGGGGUGGGGCUGAACCCGACGGUCCUCAAGCCCAGUGGGAAUGAAGACACCACAGCUGAUUCCUUCUUGACCUCUGAAGCCCCCAGGUCUCUCAACAUUUCCACCCUGCCCCUCCCAGAGGUUCAGUGCUUUGUAUUCAAUGGCGAGUACAUGAAUUGCACUUGGAAUAGCAGCUCUGAGCCCCAGCCUACCAACCUGACUCUUCGAUAUGGGUACAAGAACUCUGAUAAUUAUAAAGUCCAGGAGUGUGGUCACUAUCUGUUCUCAAAAGAGAUCACUUCCGGCUGUUGGCUGCAAGAAAAUGAGAUCCGUCUCUAUGAAACAUUUGUUGUCCAGCUGCAGGACCCACGAGAACCCAGGAGGCAGAUGGAACAGAAGCUAAAACUGCAGAACCUGGUGAUCCCUUGGGCUCCAGAGAAUCUAACACUUCGCAACCUGAGUGAAUCCCAGUUAGAACUGAGCUGGAGCAACAGAUACUCCUUGGACCGCUGUUUGCAGCAUUUGGUGCAGUAUCGGAGCGACUGGGAUAGCAGCUGGACUGAGCAACAAGUGGAUCACAAGCAGAGCUUCUCCCUUCCUAGUGUGGAUGGGCAGAAACUGUAUACAUUCCGGGUUCAGAGCCGCUUUAACCCUCUCUGUGGAAGUGCUCAGCGUUGGAGUGAAUGGAGCCACCCAGUCCACUGGGGAAGCAAUACUUCAAAGGAGAAUCCGUGGUUGUUUAUAACCAAAGCCGUGCUUAUCCCUGUUGGCUCCAUGGGAUUGAUUAUUAGCCUCUUCUUUGUGUAUUGCUGGCUGGAACGGACAAUGCCUCGAAUCCCCACCCUCAAAAACCUAGAGGAUCUGGUCACUGAAUACCAUGGGAACUUUUCGGCCUGGAGUGGUGUGUCUAAGGGACUGGCUGAGAGCCUGCAACCAGACUACAGUGAACGGCUUUGCCAUGUCAGUGAGGUGCCCCCAAAAGGAGAGGCAGGGGAGGGGCCUGGGGGUUCCUCCUGCAGCCAGCCCCACGAUCGGGCUCCCCCAUGUUACACCCUUAAGCCCAAAACCUGAGUCUCAAUUCCCUGACAGAAGCCCAGCAUCCUAUAGCCCUAAGUGUUACUAACUCCCUGUCAUCCACCCUUCUGAUCUGGGCCAGUUCUCAUUCUGACUCCUGUAGUGAGUUUUGGAUUUGGUGCCCCAUGUAAUUGCCCCUUCAUUCAUCCCCUACUUGAGAACUGCCCCUUUGCCCUGUCCAUGUUUCUCAUAUCCCCCAGUCUGGCCCUUCCUUUUUAUAGUAUUCUUUCUCCCUUUGUCCCUCUUUCCCUCCUUCAUACCACCUAUCGUUCAGUUGUUCCUGGAAUGAAU